AUGGGCGCCAGCGAUUCGAAGCUUGUCUUCAAGAAAGGCAUUUUUAGGCUUUCUGAAGAACGACACAUUCCCGCCGAUGACCCCUACUGGACUUCCUUCUGGGAGCUUCCUGAAUCGUCAGAGGACAUCUUUAGCCUCUUCUCUCCCGCCGACAUCCGCCGCACGCGAGACAAAGCCCUUGAGAACCUCGAAACUCUGAUACUUGCAUUGACGUCUCGAUUGUUUAUCCUGCGCCAUCACCCAUCGUUUCCCGAUCCCGAAAUCGCUCCCCAACGAGAUGCUCUCAACUGCGUCCGCGUCCUGACACGCAUUCUUCCCUUCGUCUACGAGGCAGAUCACCUUCAGUCAUGGGAAGAACGGUUCUUCUGGGGUGCCCGGAGGAAGAGGACGAGACAAUCGGCCAUCGCCGCCGAGGUGCUGUUUGACGGGGCCCAGGAUGGACAGCGGCCGCCCAAGAACGAGACCGAAGACUUUGAAGAUGCAAAGCCCCUCGCUGAGGAGCUCAUCGAUACUUUGAUCGAUCUGCUGUUCUUUUCCGAUCUCACUCUACCCCGGCAGCCCGCCGGACGGCCGAAAGUCAGCUAUGCCAUCUGGCAGAGUGGCGUUGGAUGCAACACAUCCGUGGCUACGACCAAGGAAUACGAAAGCAACCGAAGCGAGAUACUUCGACUAUUGCUCACCAUGACUAGCCAAAGCAUGUACAUGUCGCCAAACAUACUGCCACAAAAGGGAGUUCGAGCUCUGACGCACAUCUGCACAUGCCCCGACAAACAGGUCGUGCUGUCAGUACUGUGCUCGCUGCUGAAUACCACAUUGAAAUACAACCCUGCCACCUGGCGUGUACCGUACAACACGUUGGUUUUCAAGGACGAGAAACAGAUCCUGGUGACAUAUACUCUACAGCUUCUGCUGGUGUUUCUUCUAUAUCCAAUCCCUGAGCAGAACAGCACCACUCCCAAGAACUACUUCCGCCACUUCCUUGGGAGACUACACCGGCCCCAUGACUUCCAAUUCAUUGUCGACGGUAUGACACGGAUUCUCAACCAGCCGCUCCAGGAAAAAAGCUCGUAUCUGCCCAGCGGACAGACGACAGCAAAGUUUGCUCCCGAGAUCAUCAUGCUCUUCUGGGAAAUCACCCAAUGCAACAAGAGGUUUAGGUCUUUUAUCAUCGACACUGAGCGAGCUCACGACUUUCUCGUCCUCACCCUGUUCUAUGCAUUGGAGUACAAGAACGACGCUUCCAAGCAGGGCGUCGUGAGAAUGUGCGCGUUCUUGCUUCAAACGCUGAGCGUAGAGAAGAACUUUGGCACCAACCUGAACCAGAGUUUUGAAGGGCAAGACAGCCUGCCGUUGACCAUCAGGAUACCUGGGUUCAACGGAACAUAUGCCGAUUUCCUGAUCCAUUCCAUUUACAACCUCAUCACCACAAGUCAAGGCAGGCUAAACGCCAUCUAUCCGGCACUACUGGCUGUGAUCAACAACAUCGCGCCCUACUUGGAAAGGUUGAGCUCCGCAUCUGCCUCAAAACUCAUGCAACUGUUCUCCUCCAUGUCCUCACCCUCGUUUCUGCUUGCCAAUGAUAGCAACCACGACUUGCUCAGGUCGUUGUUGGAAUCAGUCAACUCCAUAGUAGAACACCAAUACCAAAAAAAUCCAGAAUUGAUCUUUGCGAUUCUGCGCAACAAAAAACGCAUUGAAGCUUUGCGAACAUUCACGCUCGAGAGCGGCCAGGAGGAGAUUGAAAGGCGAAACCGCCGCCGCAAGGAGUCUGCCGCCGCUGGGGAUGGCCUCGAACCCAGCUCGGUGAGAAGCUCGGCUGAGAGCAUCCGCAGUCCGACAACAUCGCAUCCUCGGCCGCCGACGCUCAGUGACGUCCCGGAAGAGGAUGGCACUUUCGCCAUCGGGGACGACGAGGACGACAGCGAUGACGACGACCACCGUCCGACCCCGGCCCAGUCAACCACGAGUGAGAACCCGUCCGUGGCGUCUUCACAGGCGUCGGUUGUGGAGGACGCAGUGCCGACACAGCUGCGCGGCAUGUCCGAGAAGGCCAGAGGCAAGAUGCCUGCUGGCAUGAGCAACUUCUCGAGACAGAAUAGUACCACCAGCCUCGGCGGGUAUUCCGUCAGUGGGCAGUCUCAGUCCGGCGCUUUCGAGCCAACGGCUAAUUGGAUCGAGAGCUGGCUGCCAGAACUUCCUCUCCACACCAUUCUCACCGUCAUCCAGCAAAUGUCUGCUCUUUUGCCCAGGCAAACACUCGCUGGGGAAUCCGCAUCCCACGAGACACUUGGAAAGAUUCAGGAGAUCAAACUUGUCGGAAUCGAGCCGACACCGCCUCGGGUACACUCGUUUGAGUGGUCACAACUGUCUCUGGGUUGGUACGAGUCUCUGUUAUGGGGCUUCGUGUUCACCAGCGAAAUCCAGAUUUCCAAGGGCACGGUUGGCAUAUGGAACGGUACGGCGAUCAAGUUAUUCCGCGUGCAGGAAACUGCACCGCAAGGGCCAAGCUUGGCCUCCCCGAGAGGAGCCGUCGACGCUGUAGGAAGCAACAUCGUGUCUCGAAUCGGCGCGAUGAACUUGCGCGGGGGUCCAGGAGGUGCGCCGCCGGCUGCUCCUCAGCGACCUGGUUGA